AUAAUUUAUUGAGUUUUGAUUAUAUUAAACAUCUGGUUGAUGCUUGAUUUUUAAGUUUUGGUUGUGCACCUCCCCUAUGAUGCCAUGUUUAUAAUGUAGAAGGACAAUAAUGGCAGAGCAACAAGAGCACUUAUAGAGGAGACUGUUGUACAGUUUAGGCGUGGGCCUACAACAUUUGAAUGAUCAGUCUUUUCAGCUAGAGCCAUUAAUUACUGGAAUACUCAACUGAAUUAAGAUGUAGUACAAAUUAUUCAACAUGUAAAAAUAAUUUCAACCCGGAAGACGAAAAAAGGGCAAAAAAAAGCUCAAAAUUAACGACUGCUAAUAAUGUCUUCUUUAAUGUGCAACACCAACACCUCUGAUAAUAAAUAAUAGAAAAGGUAGUUUGGGGGUUCAUGACGCUUUAAAGGCAGCAGCUGUCCAGGAUGGAGCGGUCCUUAGCCUAUAUUUCUUUUGCAUUUCGCCACUUAACAUUGCAAUUUAUGUAAUUUACUUAUGAACUCUUUUGCCGGAGCUACUGGCAACCCUGCUUAGAACAUGACAUAAGCACUCCAAUGAACUGAAAGCAAAAGCUGAAUUACGACGAAGCAAGCGUCUACAGACUUUUUGCGAAUUAUAUAUGUGAAAUCAAACUACAUCCGCUGAAUGGAUAUGCCUAUAAGAACCUUCUGCAAAUGUGAUCUGAGAUUUGAAGAAUCUUGAACUGCAGUGACUUUGUCUCAGUUUAAAAAAAAAUAAUAAAAAAUUAAGUCACCCAUCAGACCAUGUAAUGUGAUGUGACUGAUGUGUACUAGUAGCACAACAUGACAUGUGACAAAUGUUUCCUCAGUGCUGAAACUCCACUAAGAUUUAUGUGGCCAUGUUCAUUUUCCAGAUUAUGGUUUUUCUUAUAAUUAUCCCUCUUGCAUAUAAAUGUGUUUCUUCUGGAUGUUCUCAUGCUGAAUAUAAAAUAGAAAAGCAAUGCUGCCCAAUGUGUGCUCCUGGAAACCGUGUAUUUUGGCACUGCACAGAUGACACCAGCACAACUUGUGUUCCAUGUCCUGAAUUCACUUUUAUUGAUGAGCCAAAUGGUUUCAUGAAAUGCUUCUCCUGUACUGUGUGUGAUGCAGGCCAAGGUUUAAGACUGAGUAAAGCAUGUACUCGGUCAUCAGAUACUGUUUGUGGGCCAAUGGAGAGAUUCUACUGUGUUGACAAAAAGAAAGGCAGCUGCAUUUUAGCUGUGCCACACUCUGAAUGUAGACCUGGACAGUAUAUCAAACAAGCAGGUACUGGCUCUACAGAUACUGUGUGUGCUGACUGUACAGGUGACACAUAUUCAGAUGGAUCUUUCUCAUCCUGUUUACCACACACAAAAUGUGAGGCCAUGGGACUUACUGAAACAAAUCCAGGAACACAUUCAUCAGACAGUGAAUGUGGAAAUUCCUCUGCUCCUACAACAACCAUUGCUCUUAGUGUUGUAGUUGCUUUAAUAUCAUUUAGUAUAGUAGUAAUAAGUGUUUUCGCAAUUAAACAUAUUUUGAAGAGGAAGCAAUCUAGUAGUUCAGGUAAGAUAUUUUCAGUUCCUUUAGUUUUUAUGAGAUAUAUAGUUAUUUAUCCUAUUAUAGAUUUUUCUAUGAAGAUUCAUCAACUAUUAAAAUUACCUGGAACAGAUAUACAAAACUGUAAUAAAGGCAAAUAAUUGAGACACAAAUCAUUCAUAUACACAAGAUAUUGGUGCAGUUAGCAAAACAUGGUGACUUAAACAGGGUUACAUUAUUAAUAUUUUUAUUUUUAUUUCUUUUCCUUUUCUUUAUACAGGGAUACAGGUACAUGAAAGUUUGUUGCUUUAUAAUGUAAAAAUUGUCAUGGAAGAGAAAGGAAAAAAUAAAAUAUUUACAGUGUUAUUUACAGAAAUGUCAGACUUUUGUUCUUCUUUUAUAGGAAACAAAAAAACUAGAUGAAAAAAUCAGUCUACCAGUUGUUGGUGGCAGGAUAAAUGUUGAGCCAGACACUUUGGAAGAACAAGUUACACUAAGGAACCUGAGCAACCCAACAGAAAUGACUGAUUCUAGCCUAAAUGUGUGCAGACAGCUUGAAGACAUUCCUGAUGUGCCUGAAGUCCAGUGCUUGCAGGAAAAAACAGUUCUUGAAACAAAAACAACAAAACCGCAAAUGACUCUUCUAUUAUGAAUGUUAUGGAUGUAAAUGAGAUUAUUUACUUUAUUACUUUAUGAUGUUAAAAUGAAACCUGAAUUACUUGUACUUAUGUGUACCAUGCCUCAAAAAGAAUAUGUAGCACCAAUAUAACAAAACCCUAAAUUAUAUAUCUGCAUUAAUCAUUUUGUAUACAUCGCUAUGUCCAGCUACUUUUGCACAACUAAAUGUUUGUGUAUUUUUGUUAUUUAAUAUUUUAUUCAGGCAUCCAUAACAUUGAAACUAUUUUAUAACAAACUCUGCUUUUUUUCAUUUUAGUAAACAGUGUUUAUGUUGGCGCUACAAUGUUAAUACAGACAUAUUGAUCAAAGUGGUCAACGUGGACCAGAUGCUUUGCACAUAAUUAACUCUUUUGCAAAUCUAGCAGUGUUUUGGUGUUGUUUCCGUCCAGAGUGAGUAUUUUGUGUGAAAUACUUUGUAUUUCUUAAUCAUGAUAUCUUCAUUAAACUUUUGUCUUAAUUAAGAAAAGAGACAUUGCUAUGCAUACAUUGCUAUUUCUAUAUCGCUAUUUCUGUCUACAUGAUUAAAAAUAACAUCUCUAGCACCAUAAUCUGGCUUGUAAUUUCUGAAAUUUACAUGUGUAAGCAAUUAUGUAAACAGAUUAGUUCAGGAUCACUUAAGAUAACAGACCAGCAGGUUUAUGUAAAAUGUAUCCUGAAACUUACUAGCUGACAGACUAAGUAAGCAAUGUUUGAAGAGCUGAAGCAUGUUCAAAAGGUAAUAAAUCAAGCUAAUGUGUCCAUCUGUCUAAGCAAAACACUGAUUAACACCUACUGCAUAACUCUGAUGCAAUAUAUACAAGGGGAUACUUUCCACUGUGCAAAGAAUUGCACUGUUUUUUUUUUUUCAGCCAUUCACAAUCACAAGGUUUCUCAUGCAUUAUUCAAUACUGUUGCCUUCUCAACAGAUAGGUUUGGAGAUGUGAGAAACAUCCCAUUGCUUUUAUUACUCUCUCAUGUUGGUAAAUGGAUUCAAUGAUUGCAUUCACUGGCUGGGACAAUGCCAAAUAUGAUGUUGAUAAACAUAUUUUUACACCACUCAAAUAAACGUGUGCAGUAUCAA